CUGGGAGGAACCUCUGGAAACAUUUAUUCCAUCACCAUCUUCAUACAAAUAAGGAAAGUAAUAGAACAAAAAACCUGCUCAGAAAUGGUCUGUGACGUCACACUGACUCAAAGAGUCGUCAAUAUGUGACCUUGUUUUUAAUCCGGUCAAUGGACUUAACAGGAUUCCUUUCAGGAUGGGGAGGACAAGCCCUGAAAUUCACUUUCUACUGAAUGGAUUAAAAGGACAGUAAUCGUCAUUCAUUCAAUACGAAUUCCAAUUAGUUUAUCAAGAUGUACCUAAAAGGCAUGCCCAAUCCAGGUUUCACCUCACCCUGAAAUGGAUCAGUUAGCAUCUACUUUCACAGAGUACGUUCUCUAAAAUACUACCAAACCCUCUUAAGAAGUUUGCGAUUAAUAUCAACAGUUCAGGCUUUAAGAACGAGCUCAGAGCUGUUUACUUGCUUGUUCAAUUUCCCAACUGUAAAACGCUGUCGAGCAUUUUACGACGGUGCCACACACAAUGCCCUCCGCGGCCAGGAGAGAAAAACAGGAGUUGGUCUGGGAAAGGGAGGGCUGUGGGAGUCAGCGUGGCGCUUUGCGGAAGGAAGCCGAAGGGCGAGUCCGGCUGGAAUUAGCCAUUUCCUUUCUGCCCUCGAUAACUUAGGGCUGCGGGGAUGCUGGGAAGGCAGGUACACCCGCUGGUCCUCGCGUCCCUCUAACCUCUCUCUGAAUCCGCCUUGAAUCACCAGCUGACAACCCCAACUCUCUACAGCCGAGAGCGGAAAGCACAGGCCGAGCGGGCCCCACCGCCAUUUAAUAGGUCGGUCCCGGAACAUCCAAACGCUCGCCUUGGGCAAAUGCCUCUGAUUUCCGGAUGUGAACAGGAGCUUCUCUGGAACCCCCAGACCCCUCCCUUUUAGGAAGGGCGCAGACGGCGUCUUCCGUUUCCAUGGAAACAGGCCCACCUUGACGUCACUUCCGCUGACCUGUCUGGACUCCCAGACUGUUAGAAGGAAAAGAGGAAAACUGAGCCACAGCCACGACGGUGGACGCGAGCGUCUCCAGUCUGCGCAUGCGCCCGCUCAGUGGCCUGCUUCUAUUUAUGUGGGGGAUCCAACAUGGCGGCUACGGCGAUCCUGGCGUUGGCUGUGAAGCCCAUCAGAACAUAGUGGCGGGGAAGGGGGCACGGUCCGCACUCACGGUGGCGUCGGCGGAGACGGCUGAGGGUGGUGGAGGGAAGAAAAGCGACGGAGAGCAAAAGGAAGGGCGGGCAGGCAAAACACUCGGCGUAGAACCGAGCGCCGGGGCGAGCGAGGGCAGAGGGCCAGAACAGUAGGGAUGGCGGAGCCUCGCAGAGUAGCGUUUAUUAGCCUGUCACCGGUGAGAAGGCGCGAGGCCGAAUAUCCAGGGGCCGAACGCGAGCCGGAGUACCCUCGCGAGCCCCCCCGGCUGGAGCCGCAGCCGCACCGCGAACCGGUCCGGGCAGAGCAGCCGGUCCCGCGGGAGGCUGCCCCCCGGUCAGACGCGCAGCCCCCGCCGCGGGAGAAGCCGCUCCCCCAGCGCGAGGUCAGCCGCGCCGAGCCGCCAAUGUCGCUGCAGCGCGAGCCCCCGCGGCCCGAGCCGCCGCCGCCACCGCUCCCGCAGCUGCAUUUGCAGCCGCCCCCGCCGCGCGAGUCGGCUUCCCGGGCCGAGCCCCAGCAGAGGCCGCCGAGGGAGACUGUGCGUUUGGAACUGGUGCUCAAGGAUCCCACCGACGAGAGCUGCGUGGAGUUCAGUUACCCGGAGCUGCUCAUGUGCGGAGAACAACGGAAGAAGCCCAUUCACACAGAAGACCCAUUUAAUGAUGAGCAUCAAGAGAGGCAAGAAGUGGAAAUGUUGGCUAAGAAGUUUGAAAUGAAAUAUGGUGGGAAACCCCGUAAACACCGGAAGGAUCGGCUACAAGAUUUAAUUGAUAUAGGCUUUGGCUAUGAUGAGACAGAUCCAUUUAUUGAUAACUCAGAGGCUUAUGAUGAAUUAGUUCCUGCUUCUCUAACAACAAAGUAUGGAGGCUUUUACAUCAACACGGGCACUCUCCAGUUUCGCCAGGCUUCAGACACUGAAGAAGAUGAUGCUGCAGACAGCCAAAAGCACAAACCACCCAAAAUUCCCAAAAUAAAAGAAGAUGAUAUUGAGAUUAAGAAGCGGAAGCGGAAAGAGGAAGGGGAAAAGGAGAAGAAGCCAAGGAAAAAAGUACCCAAACAGCUGGGAGUUGUGGCUCUAAAUUCACACAAGUCUGAAAAAAAGAAGAAACGGUAUAAAGAUUCUCUUUCUCUAGCUGCCAUGAUACGAAAAUUUCAAAAAGAGAAGGAAGCAUUAGAGAAAGACUCUAACCCCAAAGUCCCAGGGAACUUACUGACCACCUCUCUGAAUAAGCCCCCCUCCGCUGCCGUAGCACUGGGAAAUGAUGUCUCGGACUUAAAUAUGAACAAUGCUGAUCCGGACCUCCCCAUUUUUGUUAGCACAAAUGAACACGAACUGUUUCAGGAAGCGGAAAGUGCCCUAAAGAUUCUAGAUGAUAUCGACUUUGACAGAUUACUGGAUGCUACUUCUGACGGUAGCCCCCUUUCUGAAUCGGGGGGAGAGAAUGGAAACACCACCCAGCCAACCUAUGCCUCUCAGGUUAUGCCCAAGGUGGUGCCUACGCUCCCAGAGGGUUUGCCUGUCCUUCUUGAGAAACGCAUUGAAGACCUCCGUGUAGCUGCCAAACUUUUUGAUGAAGAAGGAAGGAAAAAAUUCUUUACACAGGAUAUGAAUAAUAUUCUUCUAGACAUUGAGUUACAGCUGCAGGAACUCGGCCCCGUCAUCCGCAGUGGUGUCUACGCCCACCUUGAAGCUUUUGUGCCAUGCAAUAAGGAAACACUAGUAAAACGUCUGAGGAAGUUACACCUCAACGUCCAGGAUGAUCGUUUAAGAGAACCUCUGCAAAAACUGAAACUGGCUGUCAGCAAUGUCAUGCCUGAACAGCUGUUUAAAUACCAGGAGGACUGCCAGGCUCGUAGUCAAGCUAAGUGUGCCAAGUUGCAAACAGAUGAAGAACGUGAAAAAAAUGGAUCCGAGGAAGACGAUGAUGAGAAACCAGGGAAACGUGUCAUAGGACCAAGGAAAAAAUUCCACUGGGAUGACACCAUUAGAACUUUGUUAUGUAACCUUGUUGAGAUCAAAUUGGGAUGCUAUGAGUUAGAGCCAAAUAAAAGCCAGUCUGCUGAGGAUUAUCUUAAAUCCUUUAUGGAGACAGAGGUGAAACCAUUGUGGCCUAAGGGCUGGAUGCAGGCAAGAAUGCUUUUUAAGGAAAGCCGGAGUGUACACAAUCAUCUUACUUCUGCCCCGGCAAAGAAAAAGGUGAUUCCUGCGCCUAAACCCAAAGCGAAGGAGUGUAGUCCAAAAAAGGACCAGAAAACUCCGGCAUCCUUGGCGGCUUCGGUUGGUGGUCCUUCAGCAAGCUCCAGCACGUCUGCCGUGGCCUCCACCAGCUCGAGCUCUACUCCAGCCCAGGAGACCAUCUGCCUUGAUGACUCACUAGACGAAGACCUUUCUUUCCACCCCCCUGCACUGGAUCUCGUUUCGGAAGCUCUAGCCGUUAUCAACAGUGGAAACAAGGGCCCUCCGGCUGGCCCAAGGAUAAGCAUGCCAACUGCAAAACCUCGUCCGGGACUGAGGGAAGAAAAAUUAGCAAGUAUUAUGAGCAAGCUGCCACUGGCUACGCCCAAAAAACUAGAUUCUGCUCAGACUGCACAUUCAUCAAGUCUUAUUGCUGGUCACACAGGGCCAGUACCAAAGAAACCCCAGGAUUUAGCUCAUACUGGCAUCUCUUCAGGCCUUAUUGCUGGUUCUUCAAUUCAGAACCCUAAAGUUUCCCUAGAACCUUUGCCGGCCAGGCUACUUCAACAAGGACUCCAGAGGUCAAGCCAGAUUCAUGCUUCUUCCUCUUCCCAGACCCAUGUCUCCUCUUCUUCCCAAGCCCAGGUCGCUGCCUCCUCUCAUGCUCUGGGAACAUCAGAGGCCCAAGAUGCUUCUUCGUUAACACAAGUAACAAAGGUGCACCAGCAUUCAGCUGUCCAACAGAAUUAUGUGUCUCCAUUACAAGCAACCAUUAGUAAAUCACAGACCAACCCAGUGGUGAAAUUAAGUAAUAAUCCUCAGCUUUCCUGUUCAUCCCCACUCCUUAAGACUUCAGAUAAGCCACUUAUGUACCGCUUUCCCUUACCUACUCCCUCACCUGGUAAUGGUUCUCAAGGGUCCCACUCCCUGGUUUCUAGGACAGUACCUAGCACCACUACCUCUAGUAACUAUUUAGCCAAGGCUAUGGUGUCACAAAUCUCCACGCAGGGUUUCAAGUCUCCCUUCUCAAUGGCUGCCUCCCCAAAACUUGCCGCGUCUCCUAAACCUGCCACGCCCCCUAAACCCUUGCCCUCAUCUAAGCCUUCUGCCUCCUCCAAGCCCCCUCUGUCAGCUAAGCCUUCAGUAUCAUCUAAACUUAUUUCUAAAUCCACCCCAACUCCCAAGCCUGCUGUAUCCUCCAGUUCUUCCAGUCCAAGUGUACUAGUUGCCCAGAGUGGCCACGCCAGCAGUAGCAACCCAGUCCACAAACAGCCCAGUGGAGUCAACAUCAGCAGACAGUCUCCUACCUUGAAUUUGUUGCCCUCUAAUCGCACUUCAGGCCUUCCAUCUACAAAAAACCUUCAGGCCUCUUCAAAGCUACCAAAUUCAUCGUCCACUGGAACUGUUGGGAAGAACAGCUUGAGUGGGAUUGCAGUGAAUGUACCUGCCAGCAGAGGUAGCAACCUUAACUCAAGCGGAGCCAAUAGGACGAGUCUGUCUGGGGGAACAGGAAGUGGAACACAGGGUGCUUCUAAACCGUUGUCUACUCCACAUAGACCAUCCUCUGCCUCAGGGUCUUCAGUGGUGACAGCCAGUGUGCAGUCCACAGCAGGAGCAUCAUUAUUGGCUAAUGCCUCACCUCUGACUCUCAUGACAUCACCUUUGUCUGUAACAAAUCAAAAUGUGACUCCUUUUGGGAUGCUGGGUGGCCUUGUUCCAGUGACCAUGCCCUUCCAGUUGCCCUUGGAGCUACUUGGCUUUGGAACGGACACAGCUGGAGUGACAACCACCUCGGGAUCUACCUCAGCCGCUUUCCACCAUAGCCUAACUCAGAAUUUACUAAAGGGUUUACAGCCAGGAGCUCAGCAUGCAGCAACACUUUCCCACUCACCUCUGCCUACACAUUUACAGCAAACAUUUAAUGAUGGAGGCCAAAGUAAAGGGGACUCUAAAUUACCACGGAAAUCUCAGUGACUUCCCAACACGCAAAGGAGAUGAGACACUCAGCUGGCUGAUGGAAUCUACCUGAUGGGAAAGUACUCGUGUGGUCAUAGGGCUGCUGUUCUGUCGAUGUUUACAUUCUCUCGUCCCGAGCACUGUGGUGAGGAGGAAAAAGAAAAGAGAACAUUACUUGAGUUAAAGCCAGGUGCAGGAGGAAGAAAUGAUUUCUUGCAAAGUUAGUGACCUUUGGUCUCUCAUAACGAAAGACAAAGUUACCGUGUUACUUGUCUUGAAAGAGACUCAGUUGUCAAACCCACAGAAGUACAAAUUUGGUUUUUCCCCGGGGGAGGAAGAAAGAAAUUGAGGAUAUGGGUAAACUCCAUCCAUCCUGGGGGUUGAAUCUGAACACUCGUAGACAUAAUGGAUAAUAAAAGGCAGUGUGUCUGGAAUCGGGCCAGUUUGUCAGGAGUCAGGAUCAUGUCUAUUUGAGUGGACUGUGGAGCAGAUUUGCCACACAAACAAUUAACGACUCUGUGUCUGAUGCAGACCGUAGCCGAGAAAAUACUAUACCCUCAAAAAUCCUGAACAAACUUGAAUCUUCUCCAGUGUGUAGCGACUCGCCAUGUAAAUCAGUGGACUAAGAUGCUUCAGGAAAGUUAUUUUAGCACAGUGAUAUAUAUUAUUAAAUCAUCGAGAUUUUUAAAAGUCGAGAAAUGGAGCCUGUUGCUCUUCAUAGACAAACUUAGAUACCCCCUUUUUGUAAAAGGGUCGAUUUCAUCUUCCAUUCAGAAGCAGAUACUUAACUCUCCUCUUCAGGUGAUUUGUGCAUCUGGUAUUGACUGGUUAAUUCUUAUUUCCACUCUUGAUGCUGAAAUGUGACUGUGCUCACAUUUUUCUCUGGAGAAACGGGGAUCUUUGAUGUGGGGCUGCGGCUUUGGUGCUCGCAGCCCUUGCAGGUCUGCCGCUGUGGACUCGGCUGCCCCCGGCUUCUGUUCUUCCAGCUAGUGGUACUCCAGGUGACUGUUACCUGCUGCUGUUGGCAGGGGUCAGUGUGUACUCCAUGUGCUUCUUCACUGACCGUUCAGAUAGCAUAUAUAUAUAUAUUUUUGGAAUUUUUAAGAUAGUAUUUUAAAGGGAGAAAUUGCAUUAGAAUCAUGGUAUGUGCAAGGGAUUAUUUUUUAUAACAAUCACAGUGUAUUUUUACUCCCUCUAUCCAAUGUAAUGAAGCUGACUGGGAGCAUUUACUAAUAUUUACUCCGAAUAUUGAUAUGUGAGUAAACCUGCGGAUAAAGAGACUCCUAGUUAUUAUGGCUUCCUUAUGCAAAUAACAUACUCAGCAAAGGAUGUUAAGGGAGAAAUUUAUGGUUUUUGUUUAGAUACAUUUUAUUGGAUUUUUUUUUCACACCUCAUCAGUCUAGUCUUUUCCUUCUUUCUCUGUCUUUUCUUCCCCUUCCUAUUUUUAGGCUUCUAAAUGUUUUCAGACUGCAUCCAAGAAUGGUGUAAGCUUGGUCCAUCCAUAAUGACAGACUAACCUUAAAAAACAGCGUCAGAUUAAUAGUAGCAAUAUUUCUUCAGUAUGUUUUCACUACAAAUCCCACCAUAACUGUUAGGUUGAUUCCAGUAAGAGUAUUGACCAGGCCCUUUUCUCCUUUUAUAAGUAGUAGUCCGGGAUCGCCUGUGGGACUGUGGCCACAGAUCUGCCCAGUGCUGUGUACCUACAUUUUUGCUUCAAAGUCACAUUGGCUUGCUUCAUAGCAAAAUGGUGAUAAAUAACUGAAAAGUUUAGUUCCAGGAACUUGUUACAAUAAGGGCAAAAGAUCAUCGCAAAAGAAUCAUUGAUACAGUUACUUGCCUCUAAGAAUUUAGAUUACCGUCACCGGUAAAACAAAUUAGAAUAUUAUGUCAACCCUGGUAGAUAUUUUGGGAGGAUAUUAGGAUGUUGCAGAGAGGUUUGACUUGAAUUGAGUAUGUUUGAUUAAAAUUUGUUUUUUAAUUAGGCAAGCUUACCCAAUUCUUGAAUUAUUCUAAUGUGUGGCAUGCCUCGUGUCUUUAUCUACUUUGGAAAAAAAGAAUAGUGUCCCCUAAUGCUGUGUAGGCAUUUUCCUUUGGGAAGGUGGCCUUCGUUUUACUGCCGCACCAGGAGAGAAGCCAGAGUGCAUGUUAAUCUCUUCCUGCUGAUAACUGUGCAUGUAUUCAUUUGCGUGUGUGUGUACAUACUGUUACUCAUAUAUAACUUCAUUACUAGUUUAAGUCAAGAAGUAAUCAUUUCAGUUUCUUAAUAAACCCAUCAGUUCUGAUUCAUGCCAUGUGAAGAUCCCUAAUGCUUCUGUCAUCGUUAGAGAAGAACAGGAUUAUCAGUUCUUCCCCCAGUAUCGUUUUAUAACCAUUAAAAAUAAUCUGAAGGUCUUUGGCUCUGAGAAGUCCAUAUAUAUGGAGAUUAUGUUCCGUUCUCUUUGGUCUUGAUACCUUGGGACCUGCUGCCAGAUCCCUACCUCACCUCCCCCACCACCCCCCACAUCUUCACUAACUUACAUCCAUGUCAACCAGGACUGCCCUUGUUUAGGUUGUACAAAUGAAACAGACAUCCGUAUAUUUCUUAAUAGAUAAGUAUGAUCAGCAACCUCCUACAUGUAAAUACAAAGCUAUUUCUUUUCUAGACCAUAACAUUGAAAGUGAUGUCACCUCUCUUUACAGUUUUUCUUACUUAAAAACAAACAUAUAAAUUGGUUAUUUUUUAGCACAGAGACUUGUGACUCAUACUGUAUUUUUUUGCACUUAUUUUUUGAAGUGGCGAGUAACUGAAAAGGAUAUAAAGCAAUGUGUAUUUCUGAAGAGCAUUAGCAACACCCCAAUGCAAAUAUAAUCAGCACACUUAAUUACGUCCCAUUCAGUGGGAUCCUUGAUUCAGGAAAAUGAAGCUGUUUGUUUUCAACUGUCUUGUAUUUUAAAUUGCCUUCACUGAUAGAUAAGCUGUUACUGUACUUCCAAGGUGAUCCUCAGUAUUCACAAGCAAUAAUGGUCGGCAGGGCUGUCUUCCGAGACAGCCAUGCUGAGCCCCAGCUGGAGACUGUUUGGGAGCAAAGUGUCAAGCUCAUUCAGAGCCUCCAAAAUCAAUGCAAGCAAUAAUUCCAUUCUAAGUCAAUGAGAAUUCUUUCACCUGUGCUUCUCAGAUCAGAGAGGAAAAGAAAUCAUGGUUUUAAAACAGCCCGAAGAAAAAGAUUUCGGGAGAAGAAGUGAGGUUAAUCUGAGUUCACAAAGUCUGAUGCUCUGAGGAAUCAGAGGAUCACGCUGGUGCGUUCUUUCACGCCUGCCACCCCUGAGAUGGAUGCUGUCAGCCCGGGGAGCGUUUCAUACCGUAGAGGCUGGAUAGGGCGAUUUGACCACCGCGGCAGGAGGAGCAGCCGGGCACACGCGUGUUUGAUGGCUGUGGGUUUGACACCUGUUUGAAAACAACUGAUUGGAAAAGAGUUUUAACCCAGAAAUUUUUUUUUCCCAAAGCAGAUCUAAAUUGUUUACUACCCAGGGUUGGGAAGGGCAGGCACCUCUAGUCUUUCUCCUUUGGGUGCUCUCUGCCACCCACCUUUUCACCUCUACUUGGCUCAAGACAUUUUCUGAAAUGGAAAUUCUACUGGUUUUCAAACUGCCAUUGAUUAUGAGAACUCUAUGUCCCUUGGGAUCAUCUCUUAGAACUCCAGUUACCUAUCAUAUUUGCUGCUACAUUUGUACAAUGAACUCUGCCUGUAUUGAUCGACUUUAACCUAAUCCACAGUUCUUUGUUUCUCAAAGGUUUUGUCAUAUAAUUUGACCCAUGUAUAGAAUUAGGAUGCUUUAUUUUAGGAGUGUACCAUAAAAAAGCACACUGGUCCCCGUAUUCUUUUUAUCAUCAUUUAGGUUCUGAAUUUGUGUUUGCUUGUUUGGUUUGUUGGUGUUUGUUUUGCUUUGUUUUAUUUUCAAUUAGAAAUAGAAUUGUGGGAAAACCUGUAAUCGGGCCAAACUCGAGAACCCCUGCGCGUCCGCACUGGUUUCUGCUGACCUGCGGUUCUCUGAGGGGCUCUUUCACUUUCUGUUGUGCGUGUGUGACUGUGUUUGUUUUGCUUUGUUUUUGCUUUUGGGGGCUUUUGUUUUUGUAAUAAUGAAACUGAAGAAAAAUUCAGUAGUGAGUAAAUGACUGAUUAUGAACAUGUUAUGCAAUUUUAUUUUAUAAAAUCUGAGGGGAAAGUUUAACUCUCUGUAAAUCAUUUCUUAGCUCUGGUAAAACGCUUACAUUGCUCCUCUAAAACAUGCUCAAUUCUGGCCUUUGUCUUUUUUAAGUGCCUUUUUUUCUUUCUUCCCCCUCGCCCCCUUUUGAAACUGUUCUCAGAUACCCUAAAGUACAGGCUGACAAGUCAGGGGAUUCAGGAGGAAAGAAUCUCAAACUUGCCAACAUCACGCCAUGCUGUAAUGCUCUUCUUUUUCUUUACGUGUACAUGGAGAUAUGUGUUAAGAUACAUGCAUAUAUACGUGCAUAUAUAUGUACACAUACGUAAUAUAUAUGAGCAACUAGUAGCUGCUGUACCGUUGCAUCGUUUCUGAACAGUCCCCUUUCAGUGUUUGCAAGACCACGGCUUUGCGUAUUCCACUGCUUCCAGUCCCUGCAAAUGGGCGCAUUGGGAAUCAUGGUAUUGUAUCUGAAUGCGUCCGCAAGGUAGUUAGCAACUUUGUCAGCAUUAAAAAUGCAUCAUGUUUUCUUCUGGGAAAGGAGUUUUGAGAAAUUCAUAUAGCUGCAUUGCAUAUCUGUCAAAGGUUAAUAAACUUAGAAGUAGAAAAACUUCAGAUACUUGGGGGAAAACACUUAUAUAACCUAGAGCAUUAUUGAGAGAUCUUCAGUUUUUUUUUCCUUUGCCAGACAUUUGGCUUGAUCCGCUUUUAUGGUUAUUUAAAUUCUUCCCUUGAGCAAAAAUAACAAUCUUCGGUAUCUAAGAUUCAUCCUUUUUUUGUUGAAAACAUGUGAGACAUGAUAAGGGGGACUAAGUUGAACCAAUCUUCAAAACCCAGGACAAGUAGUAUCUAAUCUAAUAAGUACCUCCUUUUAAGUACAUUUGAAUGGGAAGAGGAGACUGGUGGCUGAAAGGAGGCAGAGGCUCCUGGUAGUGUCGCCUGAUAACCAGACUGCUAGGAGGCGGCCUCUGCUCGUUCGGGCUCCUCUUGGGUUGCUCUGCUGGGGGAAUGUCAGUUAACCUUUGUGCCUCAGAGUACCCGCCAGGGUAUUGGGUAUAGUUAAGUAUUCACCUACCUCCCGGGGAUAUCAGAGACUUUGCUAUUUGAAAACUACUUCGAGUUUCUCUAAAAUGUCCUAUAUAAUUAAAAAAGUAUUAUCAUCGUCCUGCAGAGGCUAAAGAAUGGGUAGAAAAACACCAUAUGAUCUUUAAGUUUAAAAACAAAUCACUGGAAUUCUAAUUGAGAUACAUAUUUGUUAUUUAAACAUAUUAUAUUUGUGGUGGGGUAAAAUGGUUACUUUGAGAUUAAUACGUGGGAAGGGGGAAAUAGCACUAUGUUUCUUAAUCACAUAUAGAUCCUUUUUUUUUUCUUUAGCCUUUCAUGGUGUUAUUAUGUGUGAUUUUUGCCAGGGUUGCUGAUGCUAGGUAAGGUUUGACUUAGCCUCAGUGACUGGACAUUGGAGUUGAUAAAUGAUCCCGAAAGCUUUAUCUGCCUCACUUUUCCAUGCUCUCCAUCUGAUUUCCUUAUAUUAGUUGUUCAUUGGUGGAUCGCCAAGCUUUUCCAAGAAUGAAUGGGAGUCUCCUCAUUCUUGUAAAUUGGAGAUUGUGUACUAUUCCUGCAACUAUAGGUUAUCUAUCUCUGCAGGAUGCACUUCUAGCCAGUUUACCUUUGUAAUUUAUGCUUCUUUUACCCAUGAAAGAGUGGAAGCCAUCGGCUGCUCAGGUUGUAGGAAAACAGGAGAGGGGAGGCAAGACCCACUUCCUAGCCGGGGCAGGGGUGGGGAGGCUGGGGGUGGAAGGAAGCCAGGUUCACCCACUCCGAGGAGGAGAGGAAGAUCAUUUUAUCCCACCUCCCACCCCAGUAUAGUGGGUAGGAAUACAUAGCGUUUUCCUUCUAUCGUUUAAAGCAACAGGAAAAAGUGGAUGCUGUAUUUCUAGCUAAGGUUCAAUGCUGAGCAACAAUUGUUAGGGGUUGAGUAUAGAUUUAUAUUGUAGCACAUACUCCGGAUCAGGAAAGAACACAUGGCGGGGGGUGGGGGGACAAAUUACCCGGUGCAGGGGAGCUAGGAGAAGGCAGCAGGCCCGAGCAGACAAAGCGUUGUGGCUAAUUCCCAGAAUUGGCCGAGGCUCAUUUACUCUCUAGUGACGGGGCAUUUUUUCUUAGAAAUCACUUUUUGGUUUUCUUAUGCUUUUUCCAGCCAAGACCUUAGUUAGUAGCCUCUAACUAUCAACUAUGCAGAUAAAUAUACUCCUUAUUUUCCACAUUUUUCAUUCUUUAAAUACCAGGUGUUAAGACUUCUACCCAAAGAAAUAAGGCAUAAGGGUUUUGUUGGAUGUGCGUUUGUUGCUCUAGGGAAAUUUACAGAAGCAUAACAUAGAGAUAUUUUAUGUGUUCUUCUAUCUUAGAAUGUGAACCUUAUGUUUAAAAAGUUACGUACAGACCCUUUCACUGGCGCAGAACUGGAGCUCACAUCCUACCUCCGGGUAGGUGAGAGAGGUCAUACCAGUGUUCCAUUCUGAGAAAGUUUUAGAUUCUGUGGCACGUGUUCAGGUUUGUAGAGCUGAACAGAUUGUCAGACUCGAAUUAAAAAUAGCUUUGAAGGUUAAUGUUGAAGUUUUCUUCAUUUCCUUUGCAUUUCCCUCUUCUUUCCCUUUGUUUGUGCUCUUUAGUUAGCCAUUUCAUCAGCCAGUUGCUACACUGGAACGUGAGCCGAGUGUCGUUCCUAGCCCGGGGAGCAGCGGUUCGGCUGUCUUGCCCCGCCUGUUCUCACUCACUGUGGCCCCGCUCUGUGUCCCACUGAGCUCAGAGGGGAGGCUGCAGCCGUGUUCCCCAGGGCUGCUCGCACCCCAGCACAGGCUCAGGGAGGGGCGCUAGGAUCUGAAGGACUUGAUAUUAAAGUACUUUUUUCUCGGAUACUCCCCCAGUACCAUUUGCUUGAAAGUAGCUAUUUGUGACCUUUAUUUACUUUCUCUGUACUGUAAUACUUCUCUUUCUUAGUCUUUCUCACAUAUUUUAAUUUUAUAGCUGGCUAAUUCUUAAGUUUCUGACACUUUUCUGAACUGUUAACCAAACAGGUCAGGAAUACUUUCAGAAAUCCCAGCAGUGUAAGUAAAGGGGUCCGUGUUUCCAGGACUUAGAGUCAUCACUGAGAACCGGAAUUUUUUUCUCUUCUCCUUUGUGUUAAAAAGUAGAUCUCUCUACUAUACAGUGUAGUAGCUGCAUUUCAUGGCUUCCUCUUGAUACUUUUUGAGGUUAUUCAUAAGUGGUGCAGGCCUUUGUUAGGGGCUCUUACUUCUCUCAGUUCUCUGCCUUGCUUAUUUUAUAUUUCUCUGGAAUAAACUUCAUUUGCAAAGGUUGAAGUCAAACAGGCCAUGUGAAUGAAUUCCUAGUAUCAAUUUUACGUUCCUCAGAAAACUGUACAUUAUUUGCUCCCAUUUUGCUAAUAAUAAUAUAAUUCUCUAUUUUAUCUUAAAUCUAGUUUUAAAACAUUUUAUAGUGGAGCACUAAUGGAAAGCUAAUUAAAUUCAAACAAGAUGAGUAUUACCCAAGAUAACUUGAAAAUACUUCUGUUUUUGAAGUCAGCAGUGGUGUGCAGCCUCUCGGCACAUUUGGGAGCGAGCAGUAACCAAGCGCAGCCGGUUGGCGUGGUUUUCUCUGCGACAGCCUGCCCUUAGUCCGUGCGGCCGCAGCUGUCUUGUGUUUUCUGUCCCCGCAGCCGUGACCUGCCCUCAGUGUUUGCUCCUCUCUGCUGCUAGCAAGGGGAGUGUGCUCCGUGCCAGCACCCUGGGUUUCCGUUCCCGUACCCGCAGAAUCGCCAGGGGGGUCAUUACCCCAGUGUAGGCUAGAAGCAUUGAUAGAGAAAGAAGUUAUUCUUGGUUAACACAGGUAUUACUGUUUUACAUAGUCAGUCGGGAAGCUGGCCAACUUUUAAAGUCCUGGCUCUGCCUGAAGAAUUAAUUACACACACCUUCUGAAACCUUUAGAUAAACAAGGGCCCUUCCAUCAGUAGAGUUAGGUUCCCGACCUACAAAGUGUUUCCUCUGAUCCGUGGCCAGCCUCCCGAGAAAGGAGUCAAGCUUUGUACUGUUCUUCGCUGGCUGUCACUGAAAAAUUAUAAUUUAUUAUAAUAUUAAAAUUAUAUUGUAUUAUAAUAGAAAGUAUCAAAAAUACCAACUGUUCUUAAGAGUAGGCAAAUCUGAGGCUUGCCAUUGAGUUUUGCUUGCUACACAGUGUCAAGCUUAGAAGAGGAAAAGAAAUCUCUGGCUGGCAAAAAUGUUGUGUCCCAAAUAACGUGUUAAUCAGAGUUCACCAAGGUAGCUAAGUGAUUGGUGUUUUCUCCCUUUUUUUACUGGCAAGAAAGUUUAUUUGCAGCUGUAAAAAUUAUUGUGGGACUGCAGACCUAUUUGCUAUAACUGAUUGGAAAUAAGGAUUCUGAUUUUUAGUCUGGCUAAUAAGCACAUAUUUCCAACCUUUACAGUCCAGAUUUUGAUGAGGGAAAGACUUUUGUUUGGUAACAGAAGGAAAAACAGGACUCAUUCAUGCAGUGCAAGUUCACUCUGUAGAGGAACCUCCCUCCAGGUGCACACCCUCCUCCGCCGGUGGCCACCUCCGAGCUGGAGAUGGCCGCGGCGCGCGCUUUUCACCGCCAGCCCGCGAGGGAGGAGCCUCCGCGUGGCCGCUCCUCCGGGCGGAAGGCACUGGUUACUGUAUUGCGUUUAUUUAUAGGGAGGUGCGUUUACGCUGACUUGAAGGGAUAUACUGUAUUCUGAAUAAGUGUGUGACUUAAUAUUUUGGGAUUUUCUUUCUUCCUUUAAAACUGGACCUGAACACAGCUUUGAGUUGCUAUUUGUAAUAAUCUCAGGACCUGAAAGAUUGUAGCAUUAGUGUGUCUUAAAAAUUAUGUACUGUACCAGCCAUGGAUUUUUGUAAAUAUACCUGUCUCCCUUUUUUGUAUUAUUUUAGUAAAAAAUAAUAAUAAAUUUAAAUAAAAGGGGGUGGUGAUGACGUGAGUGGGUGUGGGUAUGUAUGUGUGUGUGUUUGUAUAAGGCUCUUUUGAGAUGAACUCUGGUGCUUGUUGAAUUUCCGGCUCUGAUCGGAGCAGGAAUAUGGACAAACUGCUGCUACCGUGCCCUGCACUGAGCCCAGGUGUUUCCAUUUCGUUUUUCCCAGCGGUCGAUUACACGUGCUGCCAGGAAACGGCUAAGAACUUAAAUCCUUCCCACUGCUGUCUUGCAUUUGUAUUCUGAGUUCUGCACACCCUUUGAAAAUUCGUGGUAAAGCUUUUCAAACUUUGGGUGGUUCACUGGUCUCUGGUUUUUGGAGACUUAUUGUCACUAUUUUCUAAGAAAAAAGGAGGACAGGUAAAAUUCUUUUUAACCAAAGUCACACAUUUCAUAAACCCUAUAAAUUUUGGAUAUGUGAGAGGGCUUAAACAUUCCUAAAUAUAGACCUGUGAAUUUAGUAAAUGAACCCCAUGGAUGUACUCCUUCAGUGCAGGGAUUUUUUUUCUUUUCUUUUGUUUCUAUUUUUGCAACAGCCUUGCUCAUAUUCCAGUUGUAGCUAGCAAACCCCUGUUUUAAAGCAGGAGCCUUAUAUGAUUUAGUGUAGAUGUUUCCUGUCUGUCCGUCGUGACAGGGCCUUUUACAUGAGUGUUUUUUCUUUUUGUACGUGUUACGUGUUUGUUGUAUUAAAUAAAGAGGAAUGUACAUACUCUU